CCGUUCCCCCCGGCCGUGCCCGGCGCUGCUCCGCGGCCGCUCCGCUGCUCCGGCUCGUCCCGCGCGUCGCGGCGGUCCCGGGCAGCCCGGCAUGGCGGAGAGCCCGGGGCGGCCCCCGGAGAGCAGCGAUGUCCCGCGGGAGGGAGGCGAGGACGAGGCGGCGGCGGGGGGCGCUCGGGCCGGGCUGUGCCCCGAGGGCGCGGCCGAGCCCCCGGACGGGCCCGCGGAGCGGCCGCGGGUGAGCGCGGAGGCGGCGCCGGAGCCCCCCGGGACCGGCGACUCCCCCGACAGCCCGGGGACACCGAGCCCGGAGCGGCGGGAGCCCGGCGGGGACAGCCCGGGGGACCACGGGCAGCCGGACGGGGAGCCGGGGGCCGCGGGGGCGAUGGACGGGCCCGAGGGCUCCGCGCCGGCCAGGGCAGAGCCCGAGGGAGAGGCGGUGGCAGCGGCGGCGGGGACGGAGCCUGAAGGGGCAGCCCCGGGGGGGACGGAGCCCGAGGACGCGGCCGCGGUUCCGACGGAGGCGGCGAAGGAAGAGGCAGCCCCGGAGCCCGAGAACGGCGCCGUGGCCCCGGCGGGGACGCAGCCCGAGGAUGUGGGGGUGGCCCCGGCGGGGACGGAGCCCCAGGUGACCGAGGCGGUGAGGGAGGAAGCCCCGACGGAAGGAGAGCCCGGGGAAGCAGAGGCGACAGAGCCAUCGAGGACAGAGCCCGGGGAAGCAGAGGCGGCAGAACCAUCGAGGACAGAGCCCGCAGAGGCGCUAGGACAGACGGUCCCAGAGGGAACAGAGCCCGAGGAGGCUGUCGCGACAGCCCCGUCCGGGACAGACGCCGAGGAAGCUCUGAGAGAGGAAACCCCGUCGGGGACAGUCCCUGAAGAUGCGGUGCAAGAGGCAGCCCCGACAGAGCCCGAGGAGGCUGCGGCGACAGCUCCAGCGGGGACAGUCCCCGAGGAUGAGGAUGCGGUGCAGGAGGCAGCCCCGGCUGAUGUGGCAGUCCCCGAAAAGGCGCUGGGGACAGUCCCUACGGGUGAGGUGCAGGAGGCAGCCCCGGCUGGGACAGUCCCUGAGGAAGGCGCGGCCCCGGUGGGGACAGACCCCGAGGGUGAGGUGCAGGAGGCAGCUCAGGCAGGGACAAUCUCUGAGGAGGCGCUGGGGACAGUCCCUGAGGAUGCGGUGCAGGAGGAAACCGCAUCUGGGACAGUCCCCAGGGAGGUGUUGGGGACAGUCCCCAAGCAUGAGGUGCGGGACAUAGCCCCGGCAGGGACGGUCCCUGAGGAUGCGGUGCAGGAGGCAGCUCCAGCAGGGACAAUCCCGAAAGAUGCGGUGCAGGAGGAAACCCAGUCUGGGACAGUCCCCAAAGAUGAGGUGCGGGAGGAAGCUCCAGCAGGGUCCGAGGAUGCGGUGCAGGAGGCAGCCCCGGCAGGGACAGUCCCCAAGGAUGAGGUGCGGGAGGAAGCUCCAGCAGGGACAGUCCCUGAGGAGGCGUUGGGGACAAUCCCCAAGGAUGGGGUGCAUCAGGAAACUCCAGCAGGGACGGUCCCCGGGGAUGCGGUGCAAGAGGCAGUUCCAGUCCCUGAGGAUGAGGCGCAGGAGGAAGCUCCAGCAGAUGUGACAGUCCCCAGGGAUGAGGUGCAGGAGGAAGCUCCAGCAGAUGUGACAGUCCCCAGGGAUGCGGUGCAAGAAGCAGUUCCAGCAGAUGUGACAGUCCCCAGGGAUGCGGUGCAAGAAGCAGUUCCAGCAGAUGUGACAGUCCCCAGGGAUGAGGUGCAGGAGGCAGUUCCAGUCCCCAGGGAUGAGGUGCAGGAGGCAGCCCCGGUUUCUGGGACAGUCCCCAGGGAUGCGGUGCAGGACGCAGCCCCCGCAGGCUCGGUCCCUGCGGAGCGGAGCGCGGAUGCUGCCGAGAGCCGCGGGGCAGCGCAGGUGGCCUUGCCCGCCCAAGGGGUCCCCGCUGGCGCUCCCCGGUCCCCGGGCGGCCCCGGUGGCGAUGCGGAGCGGGGACCGGCAGCGGGGACAGGAGCCCCGGGGCCAGCGGGCAGCGGGAGCCCCGGCCCCGAGAGCGGCUGGGAUGCGGAGGAUCGGAGCCUGAACGGGGAGCGGCACCGGGCGCUGCUCCGGGAGGACGGGACGGGCUCGCCGAGCGCCCUGGAGGAGGAGGAGGAGGAGAAGCAGGAACACGACAUCUCCCUCUUCGUCAAGGCUGGCAGUGAUGGGGAAAGUAUUGGGAACUGCCCGUUCUCUCAGCGCCUCUUUAUGAUCCUGUGGCUCAAAGGUGUCAUAUUUAAUGUCACAACUGUGGAUCUGAAAAGAAAACCUGCAGACCUGCAGAACCUGGCCCCAGGCACCAACCCCCCGUUCAUGACCUUUGAUGGGGAAGUGAAAACCGACGUCAACAAGAUCGAGGAGUUCUUGGAGGAAAAGCUGGCGCCGCCCCGGUAUCCCAAACUUGCACCGAAGCACCCCGAGUCGAACUCUGCAGGAAAUGACGUCUUUGCAAAAUUCUCUGCGUUUAUAAAGAACCCAAGAAAAGAUGCAAAUGAAAAUUUGGAAAAAUCUUUGCUUAAAGCCCUGAAGAAGCUGGACAACUAUUUAAAUAGCCCCUUGCCCGAUGAAAUCGAUGCUUACAGCACGGAGGAGAUCACUGUUUCCAGCCGGAAAUUCCUGGAUGGAGAUGAGCUCACUUUAGCAGAUUGCAACCUCCUACCAAAGCUCCACAUAAUCAAGGUCGUUGCAAAAAAAUACCGAAAUUUUCAUUUCCCACCCGAAAUGACAGGGAUUUCCAGAUACUUGAAAAACGCGUAUGCGAGAGAUGAAUUUACAAACACGUGCCCUGCUGACCAGGAGAUUGAAUAUGCAUAUUUGGAUGUGGCAAAAAGAAUGAAGUAGCCAGAAGAUGCCUCUGUUUAUUGUUUCUGUGAUGGGCAACAGCCAAGCUGGGAAAGCAAAAACCAGCAGAGAUUCUGCGGUGUGAUUUUAAGUUCUGCUAUUGGCCAAUCCUUUUAUAAUGAUUGUAUUGCAUUAUUUACUCCUUCUUAAAUUGUGUGUGUGUGUCUUUGUGUGUCUUGCAUGCUGGAAAGUCAGUAGUUAUUCCAAGGAAAAGGCAUCCAUCGAUAGUAAAGAUUUGUAGGAUUUUGGGAAGCAGUGUAGGUCACACAAUUACAGCAAUACCAGUCUAAAUUGCUGCAUUUUGGGAUGAAAUAGGCCUGUUGGAACACCUUGAACAUGCUGACCCUAGUCUCUGCUUCACAAUUCUGGCCAAAAUUCACCUUUGACUGGAUGGUUUCUAUCUGCUUCACUGCCCUGAACGAGCAGCCCCUGAGUGACCCAGGGGAGAGCCGAACCUGCAGCUGGGACCACACCUGAUGUCCCCCAGGCCUCUCCUGUGGGCUGGAGCCUCGCAGGGCAGCUCCACCAAGAACAA